AUGUGUAUUAGGCAAAGAACGAGGAUUUUUCUUGUGGUAUAUUUUUGUUCCAUCCAGGAGAGGUCUCUGAGGAAAGAGAGGAAGGAGGAGCUUGAGGAAGAGAUGACAGAAGCAGCCAUAGACUCAACUGAGGACCCAUCAGAGGAAACAGAAGACCUGGAACCUCUGGAACCAGAUGACAGAGGGACUUUCCAGCAAGUCAUGAACCUCCUCAACAUCAUGGACAGUGGGUCAGCAAAGACGGACACCACCGGGACAGGUCCUGACAUGCGGAAGAUGCUGGCCUCAGUGAUCAUCACAGACAAGGCCACCACAGAGCCAUCUGUGGUGAUGAAUGCUCUCAUCCGCUGCCUGCAGGUGCCAGAGAUUUCUACUCAGCGCAAAGUCAACAUUUACAACAUCCUCCAGGAGAUCAUUCAGCAGGAGGGGGAGCUGGAGGAACAGGGAGUCCAGAGGCUGGUCACCAUCGCCUCCAAGGAAAUGAGAGAGAUCCUGGAGGAGGAUGGCGACGUGAAGGCAGAGGUGGCCAGUGACACGCUGGUGGCUCUGUCCCGAAACCACUUCAGCAUGGUCAUGUACGAGCUGCAGCACCACCUGAAGCCCCUCAACCUCACGGAUGAAUUUGUCAUCAUCACCUUGGCCAAGCUGGCCAAUGGCAACGUGUUCGAGUUUAUGCCAUACAUGGGCAUCACCCUGGCCACUAUAUUCACGAUGCUGAGACUUGCCAACGAAGCCAAGAUGCGGCAGGUGAUCUGCGGUGCCAUGGAGACCUUCUGUGAGAUGGUGCAGUUUUACCUGAAGCAUCUGGAGGACAGCGUGUACCCUGUGAUGACUGAGGAUCAGUUUGCCAUGAAGCUCUUCCCCAUGUACCGCUAUUUUGUGACCGUGUGGCUGAGGAGCCACAACCCCGAGGUGAAGCUGGGGGUCAUCAAGUCCCUGAAGCCGAUGCUGAACCUCCUCCUGCCCAAUGACGACCUGCGGGAACAGCUGUACGACUACAUCCCCCUGCUGCUGGCGGAGUACCGAGGCGGCCUGGAGGCACUCUUCGUCACGCAGGUCUUGAGGCAGAUCCUGGAAAUGUCGGUCAUCACCAACACCCCCGUCCCGCAAAUGCAACUACACACCAUUUUCACCGAACUCCACAUCCAGGUGUGCACCAAGGCCCCUGCCCAGCAGCAAUACAGCAGCCAAAACCUGGCGGAGAUUGUGCACUGCUUCAUAGCUCUCGCCCGGUCCUACCCCAAGGAGCUGAUGAAGUUCUUCCUCAGUCAGAUGGAGACGAGCAAGGAGGCCAUCCGUGUGGGGACCCUGACCCUGAUUAGGGCAGUGGUGAGCGCAGAUGAGCCCAGAAUGAAUAUCAGGACCAUCUACCUGGCCAUCCGGGUUGUCAAGAACACCCUCUCUGACACCCGCUUCAAGGUGAGGAUGGCUAUUCUCCGCAUCAUCGGCCAGUUGGCUCUGUCUGGCUACCAGGACAGGAUCAAAGGCUGGGGCCUGAAGUACGUGUCCGUGCAGCUGACUCUGUCCACCUACAAGCUGACAAAUCACCGAGAGAGCUUUUAUCAGAGGGACCUGGAGGAGAAGAUGGUCCACAAAGUCACCAUGGACACCGUGAAGAUCAUAACCUCUUCCGUCAGUGGGAUGACCAAUGAGUUUUGGCUGAGGCUCCUGUGCUAUAUCAUGGAGACGGAUUACACGGAGGCCUUGACCCCCAUCUGCAUCAGCCUCACAAACCUGGCAGAACGCCAGCUCCACACCAAGGACGUGGAGGCCAGCGUGGCCGGCAAGAGCAGGCACGUGGACCUGCCUGCACCCCAGAAACUCUUGGCCCGUCUCCUGGUGCUGAUGUCAUCCCCGUAUAAGGGGGAGGGCCGAGGGAUAGCCAUGCUCAACCUCCUGAGGACCCUGAGACAGAGCAUUGCUCCUUCCAUGGCUGACAUGUGGGAGCUGGAGAUCCCACUGCUGGUCAAGUACCUGGAAGAACAUACUGAGUUUACUUGGAAUCAGAAAACCUGGGAGGACAAGCUGAUUCAGUUUCUGAGAAAUUCCCUUAAGAAGACCCGAGGUUCCAAUUGGAGCUUGCGUCUGAGCAAGGAGCUGAACAACCAGAUCGAAAGCUUCGACAGCCCCUCCCUGGAGAAGGGCUUUCUGUAUCGGGCCCUGGGCUUCACGCUGGCCACAGGCCUGGAGGCCGACAAGGUGGAGGUGCUGCUGCUGGAGCUGUUGUACAAGACAGACUAUGGCAAUGACUUUGACCGGGAGGGCGUGAUUCUGUGCUUUGGCCUGUGUGCCCGCGGCCAGGUGAAGACGGUGCUGAACGUGCUCCAUGACUUCGAGGAGAGGAUCCAGGAGUCGGAGCAGUCUUGGCAGAUCGGCGCUUGGCGGAAGGACCACCCCUGGAGGCGGGAGACAGUGAAGAGCGCCCUCAUGGUGAUGUACAGCUGCGUGGCCUCGUACUGUCACCCCCAGAUGCUCCUCACCCAUGUGGACAACCCCAUCACAGCUAAGAUCAUUCAUCACUACUCCAGCAGCUGCCAGGACAUCUGUCUCAAAAUGGCCUUCAUGAAGAGUGUGGUACAGGUCACCACCGCCAUCAAAAACAUCAAGGACCUGGAAGACUUUCAAUUUGCCCAGAAGAUGACUCUUACUGGCAUCAUAAUUGCCACCAUCAAGGCAGAGCCCACCGACAGCCUGGUGUCUCCUGUGCGGACCAUGGCAAUGGAGGCCCUCUCACACCUAAGCAACCUGAAGCCAUUCUACUCCACCGAGGAAAGCAAUGAGCUGAUGGAUAUCAGUAUUCAUUCUGUAAUUUCUCUCCAACCCCCAGCAGAGGAUAAUGAGUCCAUUCAGACCCUGUAUGUGAAUGCGAAGCAUGCCCUGGAGCAGCUGAUGGAGGGUCUUAUGCAGAGGCAGCUGGACCCCAAGGGGCUGCAGGAGAUGGUACACCUUCUGGAAAAGUGGAUCUUGUCAGAGAAAGAAGGGGAGCGGGAGAAGGCCAUGAACCUCCAUCUUCAUCUCCUGCAGAUCUACGUGCAAAGCAUCGGUGUCUGUAUCCCCCUGAAGCUGGGGCAGUUUGGCACGCUGGUUGGACUCAUCGCCCCUUGUACCUGUGACUCCCACAGAAGAACCCGCAUGGCCUCCAUGAGUGUCCUGGCCAGCCUGCUGGAUCUUCAUGCAAGCCAGACCUGCUCCUCAUGGGGCCCUUCCAAGGAGCUGGAGCUUGCAAAAUGUAAGGAGGAUCUCCAGAGCUUGGAUGUGGAGAAGAUUUUCAGUGCAUCUUCUAGGAUUGCCAAGGUGGCUUGCAUGCAAUUUAACUGCGAUGAGGUGGUCUCACUCAUCCAGAAGCUCUGUGAGAACAUCGGGGCCAUGGACCUACAGCACGAUAAGGCCUCCGUCACCUGGAUAGGCACCUUCCUCCAGAUGCGGGCCAAGGAGCUGGAGGACAAGGUGGCCGAGAUCCUGGGUGCCGUCUUGGUCCAGCUGCCGGUGGUGGAUCACCUGGAGGUGCGGCGCCCCCUCAUCGAGGGCACCCUCCUGCUGGCACACUACCACCAGGAGACCGUCCUCACGGCGCUCUUGAGACAGCCCCUGCCCAUGGAGAGCCACCUGACGGAGGUGUGGCUGGCUGUGGCCGAGAACGUGCCCUUCUCCCGGACGAUGCUCCAUGGGCUGAUGGGCCGGCUGCAGGUGAGGUUCACCCCCAGGGCCACCCCCACGUCCAAGGCGGACAUCUGGCGCCUGGCCGCAGUGGAUCCGCUGAUGACCCUGUGCGCCAUCCACCUCCUGAUCCAGAAGACGGACAUGGACGACAAGCUCCUGGAUCUCUUCCCAGACCUUGUCUACACCCUCCUGCUGCAGCUCAGCAGCAACCAGGGGCCAGAGGCUGCAUCGCCUGUCCUGAAGACGUGGAGACUGGUCCAUACAGGGACGUUGCCCGAAGAGAUCAACCUGCACAGGAUCACGAUCAAGUGCAUGCAGUUGUUGUUCAGAAGACUCAGCAGUGAGCAGCUGGUUCACAGCCUGGAGGAGCAGGGUGUGUGGGCCCUCCUGCAGAGCAGCUCCACGUUCCUACAAGGCGUGGGCCUGCUGGCCAGGGGGUGCCUGCGGAGCGUGGAGGGGUACAGGCAGCGGCUGGCGGAGCUGGUGCUCAGAGGCAUGGACUCGGAUGUCCUCAGCUGUCGUGUCAGCAGCACGGCGGUCUGUGUGGAGUUCAUGAGUGACCCGGUUCUGUACCAGGAGAAGCUGCUGAAACCCACAGUGUUGACGCUAGAGAAGGGCGCGGACCAGGGGGACGAGGCUCUGAGGGUGCUCUCGCUGCGUGCCCUCGGCAACAUGGCCCUUGGUGCCCCCAAGAAGGUGAGGCAGUACCGGAAGCUUUUGCUGGAGAAAUGUCUGGACUCCUUGCGGGAGCCCGUGAACUCCAGUGUGGCCUCCGAGGGCAUGGAGGCCCUGGCCAAGAUCCUGGCUGAGCUCCGAGAGGGGGACCUGGGGUCCUCGUUCGGCAUCAUCUGCGAGCAGUGCAGGGCCUUCUUUGACAACGAGAGCGAGCUGUUGCGUUUGAAAGCCUUCGUCCUGUUCGGGAAGCUGGCGAAGGUGGUCAGGAUUUCCAAGAAGCACUUCUUCAAGGAGGAAGUGAAGAAAGCUUGGAUCACCCUCAUGCUGCACUGCCAGGACCCCUGCUCAGAUGCAGCCCAGGCCUGUAUGGCCACCAUGUUUCAGUGUGUGCACUUCUGGGGCUGGAAGGCCCUGGAAAGCAGCUCGGGCCAAAGGAACAGCAGUGAGGCUGAUGGGCUGACUGUUUUCCAGACAACGCUGUGCUCCAUCCUGACUCAGAAAAAGCCUGCCGUGCUCUUUAACUUCUUACUAGAAACAAUGACCUACAUUAAUAGUAACUUGUCAAGGAUCCGAAUUGCUGCCUGCAACCUGGCAGGAAUUAUUAUGAAGCAGAUGUCUGCACACCAUCUGAGAAAACUGGACUUCCCAGCAUUAAGGAAUUCUCUCCAGGAGCUACAGCUCGACUCGGACCCCGAGGUCCGCAGAGCAGCCUUGGAGACUCUCAAAAUCUUGGAUACGUGUAGCCAGCAGCCGCUUUUGUCUUCCCCUGGAGGAUUUUGCUAGACGGUUCGAAUAUCAAGUAUAAACUGCCCCCUCGGAGUGACAAACCACAGCCGGACUGCAGCGAGGCAAAACAUUUUUAAUUUAGUUUGUUAAGAAAAACAUCGUUUUAAAAUCGUCAGCGUCCCUUUUUUCCCCUCCCCUUGAAAUAAACCUCCAUUACUGUUGGGA